AUGACGCGAAUCCGACAGCUCUGCGUAUUCCUGGUGAUUUUGCUUCAUACUGCAGGUUACAAGUUCGUUACUGCAAAACACGGAGAACUAAUUGUCGACAAAGGAAACGUGUCUGACGUCAUCACCGCUUCUAACGAGACGGAUCAAUUAGUGACAUCACAGACUGAGCGAGGCAAAGAAAUCUUGACCGAAACGCGAGUCAAACGUUGGGCGUCGUACAGAGUGGCUGAAGUGCGUGCCAGACAAGAUGGCGAGACGAGAAUUGUGACGUGGCUCGACGCAUUCGGACCCCUGCCGGUGGCUAAAUACAACAUCUACCGCACAUUCACGACUGCCACUGCAUUUGACGUCACUCGGUUGCAAACGGUGGGGACGGUCAGCUCGAGCAAGGCCAACGAAUGGAGAGACAACUGUCGGACUGAAGAAGCCAGCGUGCGCUACGCCGUGACUGCAGUCGAUGUGACAGGCAGAGAGCACACGACAAACGUAGAGCCGUCGCCUCUGCUGCCUCUUGUUGGGUCGUUCACGCCGGCUACUCCGAUCCAGACUCUUCUGCCUGGAAACGAGCUUUGCCGUGUUGUCUGUCAUGAUAUGGCGUUCAAUCCGGACUUGAAGGAGUUUCUGGUCGUCUAUGACUGCGAUGAGAACUCGGACGGACACGGUGAUGACGUGUUUGUUGUCAGAGUGGAUUCCUCCGGGAAGCGUCUUCAGGCACCAAAGUCGAUUAAAACAACACUGACAGAUUCCACAGUUGAAGGAUGCCCAUCUGUUGCAUACAAUCUUCAACACAAACAAUACAUGGUUGCCUAUCAUCUACGAUCCACAAUCAUCCACAGCAACAAGCUCGUGGUCAUAACAAAAGUUAUUAAUUCCGGUCAAAUUAACAGUUUGCCACAGUCUAGACUAUCCAUAAGAGGAGCAACGUUCUACAGCCAACCAACAGACAUACACAAAGCAUCCAUCAUCUACAAUCCUGUCACCCACGGUUACGUCAUAGCAGCUGAGCUAUCCAACUACAGAUCCAAAGAAAUCAUAGCCGCUUAUCUAGACAUCAACGGCAAGACACAAUCAGGCGGUGCAGUCUUCUCUUUUAGUGUUGACGUCAAGCAGCCCAACGUCAUGUACGAUUCUCUCACCCAGACUCUAGUUUUCGUCUCACAAUUGGACAGCUCUUACCCUGGAACUACCAACGGGAAAAACAGUUUGAUCAUGAGAACAGAACCAGCUUCGUUCAAGUCAACUGGUUCACGGAGUGCCACCAUGGUCGCUUCGACUGCUGUCGAGAAAUCAUCAAUCAGCAUGCAUACAGUCGGCUCCACCAAUUGUAUAAGAGUUUGCUACCUGGUGAAGGACAAGGAUGACAUGACGGUGCCAACAUGCUCCAAAGUGUGCACGGUCGGAUAUAACCGUUGGGAUAUAAAACAGUCGGACGUGUCCUUCUCUACAUGCAAACAAGACGCAGCAAAUCUGAUAGUUAUUCACUAUCCGAUCAGCGGCACUCAGUUCGGUGUGUGGGAAGAGAUGGAUGCAACGCGUCAUCGUCUCCAUGGUUACUACGUCAGCACGCAAAAUUUCGUUCAAUCUCCUCACGCAGACGUUCAGAGGAAGCCGAUCGCUGUGUACAAGGAGAUCGACGGGCAGGUGUGUGUCGCUUGGCAGUAUGGCGGACGUGCCAAGAAGUGGGGCAAAUUGGCGUUCAGAUGUUUCAAGAUGUCGCCGGUCUGUAACGACCCUUGCAGCUGCCUUCAGAGUAACAUCCCACACUGUGACGCGUGCGGCUUUCAAAUAUGUGACUCCAAUGCCGACUGCACGCCAGGAAGGCAGUGCCGAUGCAAAACUGCACUAGGAUUCGUAGGAAACGGAUCGCAUUGCAAAUUUGAUCCUUGUACGCCUGGCUAUCAUAGCUGCUCGGAUACGGAAGACUGUAAGCGUUCUGGUAACUCGUUCACUUGCUCGUGUAAGAGGGGAUACAAGAGGGAGCAUUCUGUAUGCGUUCUGGCUGAUCCAUGCGCUCCGGGUGUCUCCGAUUGCGACAAAAAUGCCUUCUGUGUACGGAGACCCGACUUUACUUACAGAUGCCAUUGCUACAGAGGUUUCAUCGGAGACGGAAAAGUCUGCUUAGAUAUGAGGCAAUGCCAUAGGGAUGCCUACCGUGUUGGAGACAAAUGCUACUGCAAAAGAGGAUUUGUUGGAAACGGCGCUUUCUGCUGUAGAGAAAAUUUCAAUGACAAACUUGUCAAGCUUGGCGGUUCAACCAGUCUGCAAAUGGAAAUGGCUUGUAUUGGUCCAUACUUGAAAUUUGCUCGAUUCCAGUGGUUUCACAGAGAACAGACGACACCCAUCGAUGUCUAUGCUCACAACAGUCGAUACACAUUAGAUCAACGGGGCACGGAACUUCGCGUAAGCCGCAUCUCUACAGACGAUUUGGGAAAGUAUACGGUACAGUUUCACGUGGGGACUUAUGGCCCGUAUGAAACGUCAGCCAGGAUCGACGUGGCAAUGACGGGUGGAUCUUGUGAUUGUGGACGCUCUGGAAGAGUUAGCUCGAGAAUCGCUGAUGGAGGUAAAACUGUGGUAGCCGGUGAGUUUCCGUGGAAUGCCAUGCUGUGUGGGAAAAACGGCAUCUUCUGCUCGGGAGUCAUGAUCAGCAAGUGCUACGUCCUGACAGCAGCUCAUUGCUUGUCUGGAAAUAGCGCAGGAAUUCACUUCGACAGCACAUCAUCGAGUAUCAACAAUCUGAAAGUUUGUUUAGGACGAACAUGCGGCAAUUGCAACGCGGGACGGUACGACCCCAAGAACAAGACAGCAGAGAAAAAGGCUCAGUGCUUUAAUGCUCACAAGAUCAGCGUCCAUCAGGGAUACAACAAACACACUUUUGAGCAUGAUAUUGCAAUUGUUCAUCUGAAAUCCAAUGACUGUAUAGAAUGUCGACGAGCUAGUGCCUCACCGGUGUGUUUACCGCAGGCGACCAGAGAUGCUGACCAUCUGAAGGCUGGUAAAAGUGCUUGGGUGUCAGGAUGGGGAGAGAUAAACGACGGACAGGGCAAUUCCAAUUGUAUGAGGAAAGGACGCACGCAGAUUGUCGAGCAGAGCAUAUGUAGAGCUGAAUACAAACGUAACAGCAAAUACUCCGUCACAGCGGACCAGAUGUGUGCCAAAGACGAAAACGGUCCUUGUAGGGGAGACAGCGGGGGACCGCUUAUUGUCAAAAACCCAAGUUUCAACAAUAGAUUUGUGUUGGCCGGUUUGGUGAGCUGGGGCAUCGGAUGUGGAAGAAAAGAUACGUAUGGUGUGUACACCAAUGUUGAACAUCACCUCGACUGGAUCUACAGCAACUGCGGCGAUUGGGACUAAGUUUUGCUAUUAUUACAAAUCUAAGAAUUUAGUACAGUUUUCAUAGAAACAAAAACCAACUGAUAUAGAUGUGUUUGAUAUGACUGUAGACUGCACUCGUAUCUAGACGACUGCAGAAUAGUUUUAGUAUUUGCGGAAUUUUCUACAUGUGCAUUACUGAGAAAAUUGUUUGUCAAUAGCUGCAUCCAGUGGUAAUACUAAACCAAAUGA